AUGUCAAAAGAGAAAGAAAAAGCAGAAAAGACAGAAAAAACAGAAAAAAAAGAUAAAUUCAUAUGUGUAAAAAAUAUAUAUCCUUUUAGAGCGGUUCAAAUAGAGCUUUUAGGAGAAAUUUUGGGCAAAAAAAAAACAGCACAAAUUUCAUCUCUUAUAAUACAUGGAUAUCACUUUACUGGAAAAACAAGUAUUUUACGGGCAGUUCUUAAGUCAAUGGAGGCGGAUUUUAUAUGGAUUGACUGUCAAGACUGUUUUUCUUUACGUAUCCUUUUUGAGCGCACAAUAUGUCAAUUGAAGAAACUAGUAGGCCUAGAUGAGCCUUAUGAAAAGCUCAAGUCUUAUGAUUUGACAACUUUUACUGUUUCUAUUCAAAAUAUCUUUUUAAAAGCUAAUUGGACGAGCAAUAUCAUCUUGGUUUUUGACAACACUGAACAAUUACAUUAUUUUAAGGUCAAUGUUCCCACAAUUGUCUUAUUAAGAUUGUCAGAAAUGUCUUUUGUUCCUUGGUUAACAACCGUUUUAAUAACAACAUCAUUAGACAACUUGACUUGGGGAUCGUAUCAUGUUCCUAUUAUUCAUUUUCCAUCCUAUUCCAGAUCAGAAUUUCUUGAAGUAAUAUGCAAACAUGAAGAAUCACUUAGAUUAUUAUCUGAUACUCUUAAAUUUGAAAAAGAAAAUGCAAUGACAAGUACCGAUUAUAUUAAUCUUUGGCAAAAAUUCUGCGGGAUUUUAUGGGAUACCUUUAACUCAAUUAUAGAAGGUGAUUUUGAUUUAUUCUUUUCUAUAUCGAAAAAGCUCUGGCCUAUAUUUAUAAAACCUAUAGAAGAAGGCAAAGCGAAUAAAAAAGAUAUCAUAAAACUUUAUAAAUAUAGUCAACAAACUUCUAUACUUUCUUCAUCUAAAGUAAUUCUUGAAGAACUCUCAAAACUUACAUAUCUUAAUACACUAAGACCUUAUCUAAAAAACAUAGAUAUUAUGGAUCUUUCUUGGACCUCAAAACAUCUCAUUAUAGCAUCUUAUUUAGCAUCAUAUAACUCUCCUUUACUUGAUUCCACUCUUUUCUCUAAAUGCAAAAGUAGUACAAAAAAAAGAAAACGAGUAAAAAAGUCAGCAUCUAUAAUGACUAACCAAAGACUUAUAGGACCUAAAUCAUUUGUAUUGGAAAGAAUGCUAGCUAUAUUUUUAGCAAUUCAAUCAGAUGAAGAUGUAUUAACUUCUGAUAUUUAUAAUCAAAUUGAAGCAUUAGCUUCUCUAAAAAUGCUUAUUAGAACAUCAUUAGCAUCUAAUAAACUAGAUAGCACAAGCCGUUGGAAAGUCAAUGUUGGUUGGGAUUUCAUCCAAAAAAUUGCAAAAAGUAUAGAUUUCGAGCUAGAAAAUUACUUAGUAGGAUAAUAUCUUUCCCGCUUUAUACAUAUAAUAGCAAAACCAUAUGAAUAAUAUUAACUAGAACACCACCAUUCC